AUGUGGGAGGCGCUCGCUCUACUGCCAGGCGCGGAUGCCGAGGCAUGUCGAACUGCGAUUGCUGAUGAGAUAUUGGAGCCCACUUAUGGGCUUGAUGCGUCUAUGAUGCUUAGUUCUCAAACGCACUGGGACAGAGAGCAGCAAUUCGAACAGAUGUUAGCUCUCGAUCCGUCACCAUGUAUCACGUCAUUGCAGUUCAUCCGGUCUGGUCUCAAGGGUCGGGUCAUUGGAUACCGAGAAGUGGUAGCUGAUGCUGUGAAACGGGGCGAAGAAGCCAUUGACAUGUCGCUCCAGCGGCCACUAGCUUCGAAGCAGAAUUAUGUUCGUGGCUCGUUGACGUCGACGCCAUUCCGGCCUGGUGGUCUGCAAGAUGUAGACGAAGAAAACGAAGACAUUGAGGAAGGAGAUUUGGGCCAAAUGCCAGGCACAGAUGAUGUUCAUUUCCGCACUGUGCCGCCGGGCUUUUCUCGCGGUCUCAAUGUUACUGCUCCCGAGUUCUUGGACACGACGGCGCCUGCAUGGAUGGGAGACGUUCAGGAUGUGGCGCCCCGGUUUCUUGACCGCCAUGUCAUUACCGUUGAUGAUGAUGGGCUAUACAAGAGGCCAGAUGUUGCGCCGCCGCCCAAGAAUGAUGACGCGAAGGUCGACGAAUUACUGCCGGACGAAUAUCUACCGCGCCUUCUUCAAGACUCCGCGGCUCGGCCCACCCAGGAGAAGCGCGAAUGGGCUCAUAUGGUCGACUCAUCCAAGAAAAUGUCGAACUUUCACGAGCUCGUGCCACAGAUGGCUCACGAGUACCCAUUUGAGCUCGAUACGUUCCAGAAGCAGGCUGUAUACCAUUUGGAACGGAACGAUUCGGUAUUUGUUGCAGCUCACACAUCGGCCGGUAAAACGGUUGUCGCAGAGUAUGCUAUAGCUCUAGCGAUGAAGCACAUGUCGCGAUGCAUCUAUACGUCACCCAUCAAGGCCCUGUCUAAUCAAAAAUUCCGUGAGUUCAAGCAGGCUUUCGGUGCAGAAAAUGUCGGCAUUGUCACGGGCGAUGUGAAGAUCAAUCCCGAGGCCGCUUGCCUCAUCAUGACGACUGAGGUACUCCGCAGCAUGCUGUAUCGAGCGGGCGAGCUAAUUCGCGAUGUGGAAUUCGUCAUCUUUGAUGAAGUGCACUAUGUGAAUGACCAGGAGCGUGGUGUCGUUUGGGAGGAAGUCAUCAUUCUUCUCCCCGCUUAUGUCAACACGGUGUUGUUGUCCGCUACUGUGCCGAACACGCAGGAAUUCGCCGAUUGGGUAGGCCGUACGCGGCGCCGUGAUGUAUAUGUGAUUUCGACGCCAAAGCGGCCUGUCCCUCUCGAGCACUUUCUGUACGCGGGCAAGCAACUGCAUAAAAUUGUCGAUGCCAAUGGUCGCUUUCUGAGCAAGGGUGUGAAUGAAGCAGCUGACGCACUUCUGUCCAAGAAGGAACGUGAGGCGGCGUACACGACCGGCAGCAGUGCACAGCGCGGCCAUCGAGGUGGCCGAGGUGGUGGUCCGGCCGGACGGUCUGGCGGAUCUAGCGGGCGUGGUGGCGGCAACAGCAGUGCGGGCGGUGGUGUCGGUCGUCCGCGCCCGAGUAUGGCGUCAGACCGGUCCUUGUGGGUGAACAUUGUCGGCCUUUUGAAGAAGCAAUCACUUUUACCUGUUGUCGUUUUCGUGUUUUCCAAAAAAAAGUGCGAAGAAUAUGCAGACUCGCUUCCCAACACGGACUUGUCGACCGCGAAGGAGAAAAGCGAAGUGCAUGUACUUAUUGAACGCAGCUUAAUGCGAUUAAAAGAGGAAGAUCGUCAAGUACCGCAGAUCGCGCGGAUGCGCGACUUGCUGUCCCGAGGUAUCGGCGUGCAUCACAGUGGUCUACUGCCCAUCGUCAAGGAGCUAGUGGAGCUCUUGUUCCAGCGCACCCUGGUGAAAGUCUUGUUUGCCACAGAGACAUUUGCCAUGGGUGUCAACAUGCCGGCGCGGUCCGUGGUGUUCUCGGGUGUGCGGAAAAAUGACGGCAACAAAUUCCGGAAUCUGCUUCCGGGCGAAUACACACAGAUGGCCGGUCGUGCGGGCCGUCGUGGUCUGGACAAGACAGGCGUUGUGAUUAUUCUCUCCGACAAUCCAGAGCUGAAUCCAUUGAAUCGCAUGAUCCUUGGUGAGUCGACUAAGCUCAAGUCGCAAUUCCGCAUCACGUACUGCAUGAUUCUGAAUCUUCUUCGGAUCGAAACACUCAAAGUCGAGGACAUGAUCAAGCGCUCUUUCUCUGAGAAUGCGGCACAGAAACUAAUGCCGCAACAUCAGGGACGGCUCAAGAAUCUCGAACACAAGCUUCAUGCUUGGACAAAGAGGCUCGAGUCCUCUGCCUCAUUGCCGAUUGACGCUCUUUCUCGUCUGUAUGACUUGUCGAACAAGCUAGUACGCGUGAACGACAACCUCCUAGCUCUAGCAUAUGAGCAUCCGCAGGGUGCGAAGCUCUUCUCUUCAGGUCGUGUCGUUCUCGUGUAUACAGGUACACAUAUCUUAUCUCCAGCAAUGAUUGUGCGGUUGGCAUCUAACAAGAAAUUCCUCGUACUGCUUGCGGUGCUACCAGAUCAGCAGCCAUUGGAAAAGCACCAGGCGCCGUUCUGGGUAACGUCGAAGCUUGCCAAGGACAUGGCUCGUGACAGUGAAUAUAUGCCUGAGCUCCAAGAAGUUUCGCUAUCAAAGAUUGCUUUUGUCUCGUCUUUCUCCGUGCCUAUUCCUGCUACUUUGUUCCAGUCCCGACGUCAGGCGAAGCUGCAACAGGGUCUUGAUCUAUUGCGCCCCAGCAUUGAACAAAUUCGCAAUCACUUGGAAGCAGCAGGCGAUGAAGCGGCCCGAGCCAUCCUGGAUCUGGAGGCUGACUGGUCUCGUGUGCGACGCAUCGACUUCCAGGACACACAGAAGGAUCGCAAUCAGAUCUUGUCUGAGCUUAUACCUGAACAAGGCUUGAUGCAGAAGCCAGGUUUCGAUAAGGAGUUCAAGCUUCUUACCAUCUGCAAGUUAACUGAAUGGGAGAUGGCCAAAGUUAGCGCAUCCCUGUCGAAUCAGAACUUGGAGCUCUUGCCCGACUAUCACCAACGUGUGGACGUGCUGAAGGAGCUGCGGUUCAUCGACCCUGAAUCAGAAACCGUUAUGCUGAAGGGGCGCAUCGCGUGCGGUAUCCGCAGUGUGAAUGAACUGAUCAUGACAGAGCUGAUCCUUGAUAACACAUUCGUGGACUACGAACCACACGAGAUUGCUGCACUCCUCAGUGUCUUUCACUUCCGCGAAAACACGAGUUUGACGCCCGAACUGAACGACACGCUCCAGAGGGGCUUGGACCACAUCUCAAAGACAGCCGACCGCAUCGCGGCUGUGCAAAUGGCUCAUCAUCUGCAGCCGGAAGACGACGCUUCGACUUUGCACACAGGCCUCGUGGAAGUCGUAUAUGAGUGGACGCGUGGUUUGCAUUUUAGUGACAUCAUGCAGCUUACUGACGUCGGCGAGGGAACCAUUGUCCGAUGUAUCACGCGACUUGACGAAACAUUCCGGGAAGUGCGUGAAUGCGCUAGUGUGAUUGGCAACGCUCCUCUAUAUCAAAAAAUGGAAACCUGUCAACAGCUAGUCAGGCGGGAUAUUGUCUUUGCUGCAAGUCUCUACUUCUAG